AUGAUUCUUAAUGGGACAAUGAAGGUGAAAUUGUGGUAUUUGAUCAAUAUCUUGAAUGUAGGGUACUGGGAGAAUACACUUUCUAUUCCUAGGGGAGUUGAUCAUGGCCCUCCAUCUGUGAACUCGCCUGAACCAUGUAGCCGAGAAUUGGUUCGAAUUCGACUUUAUGACACGGUUAACACUGGCUCUGUCUUCUUUGUGGUCUCAGAGUUACAAGAGGUGCCUUACAUCACUACUGCUUUGAUGGAUGCGAAGCUUGGCACGGAAGGGCGCAAGGAUCUUUUUGAUUGGCUAUCAAGGCAACUUAGUGGAUUAAGCAAUUUUCCUGAUGCUGUAAAUCUGAAUUAUGUAUUGUUUCAAUUUGUUAUGCUAGAUGGAUGUGACUUGUGAAUGAAAACUUAGAAUAGUUGUAUUGUGUCGAAUGUUAAUGAUUCAGUUAAUUUGAAU